AUGUCUCCCAGAAACCUUUCAACCCGACACAAGAGCCAGCGAACUGUUGCUCUUACCCCUCGAUCGAUCUGCUGUUGUGUGGGCUCGAUCGAUCUGUGUGCUCUUGCUCGAUCAAUCUGUGGGCUCGAUCGACCUGUUGUGGGCUCUUGGGCUCGAUCGACCUGCGGGCUCUUGGGUUCGAUCGAUCUGGGCCAACACUCUUCCUGGAACGUCUUUAUCGUUGAACUCAAUGGGAAGUAUUCCGACCCCAACAUUCAUCAUCCUGCAACGGAUCCGGGUCGGCAUCAGAUUGAUCGCGCCAACCAAGGAAGUCCUCGAGCAAUUGUUCUACCUUGGUUUCCCAGCGUCAAAAAACCGAAUACGAAGCGUUUCUCCAUAUCCAAGAUCAACGCCUUCUACGACUCUCAGCUCGUCGCCAACCAGUUGAACGGUGAAUAUGAAGCCAAUAACGACUGCAUGGAUGCCUACCUCAAGGUCGUGCAGGACCUAGCAAAAGAGUUUACCAGCUUUACGCUCAUCAAGAUACCUCGCAAUGACAACUCGUAUGGAAACGCAUUCGCCGCCCUCGCAUCAACGUCGGACCCUAACCUCAAAAGGUUGAUACUAGUAGGAAGUAUCGAUCGCCCAAGCAUCAACAAGCCUGACGUGACCAUGACAAUUACCGACGGCGAUCCGAGCAGUAUCGAGCCCAACACCAACUCAAGCCUCAUCAAAAGCGACGAAGAACCAAGUUCCAAAGAUAUAGAAGAAGUAGUUUGA